AUGCCAGUUUACCUCUUAUCCCGAGUAGGAGACCCCAUCUUCGCCCUCGCAAUGGGCAUCUCGGCCGCGAUGUCGCGCAUCCGACGCGAUCAGCAAAAUAAGUUCCCGGAGCGAGCGUCAGAGAUCGGGUAUGGAACUGUGUUGCAGACCGGUGGGAAGCGGUUGCAGCGGUGGUGGAACGGGGAUUUCAAGGGUGUUCAAUAA